AUGGCUUCCCAAUAUAUUAUCUCUCCGUUGACCCAUAUAAUUAACGAAUGCAUCGCACACAAUAUGUUUCCUUCCUCGUGGAAAAUAGGACGUAUUAGUCCUAUCCCGAAAAUCAGUGAACCGAUAGAGAAUAGUGAUUUUAGACCAGUGUCAGUGCUGCCAAUUUUAUCAAAGGUAUUUGAACGCCUGAUGCUAUCCCAACUUGUUGAGUAUAUUGAAGAACACAGUUUGUAUAAAGAGACAAUGUCCGGUUUCCGUAAGGGUCACUCAACCAUGGCCGUUCUGUUGAAACUUAAGGAUGAUAUCUUGAGAGCAAUGAAAAAGGGGAAAUAA